AUGCCAUUCCUCUGGGUAUUAUUCCUAUUUAUAAGGCCGACUUUGGCAGGGUAUGAAGAAGAAACUAAGGAUACUAUUCUUGAUGUCACCACAUCGGAUUCUUCCUUCAUAGACACAUUUACUAGAAAUCCAUGUGGAAUAAACACAAAGAUACAUGUUGCCAGAGAUGGUUAUAAGAUACUCUCGGUAUGGGAUGGACAGAGUCUGCUCUGGAAAUCUUCCAAUGGUUACUCCUGUGACCAUGUUGCUGUCGUUAGAUGCAGGGAGAAGAGCAGUCGUUCGACAUCCUUUGUGACAAGACUAGUAGCUGUCUAUGCCAGCAACAGUAACGGCAUAAAGAAACCAUUCUACUAUGAAAAGGAUGAGUCAUCAUGGAAGACUGUUGAGGAAGAAAAGUUUUACAGGAGCUUUCAUCACGAAGCGCUAAAGAUGUCCAUAUUGAAGAGUCUGGUCUUGAAUAUAACUGGAGAGAAUAAAUCACCUGAAUUCUUGUCCAGCUCACCAGACUUUCCCUCUUCUGCCUAUGCACCAAAUGUAGGCUAUCGCAUUAAAAAGGUAAUUUAUAAAACCGCCCUAGGACACAGAAAUAACCGUAUACAUGUAGUAUGGUCAAGAAGUUCAAAGGAUGAACACUGUAUUUAUGCUUCCUUUUUUCCAAAGAAGGAUCCAAAAGUUGGUUACCUGAUCAUAGAGGGUAAGGAUGGUUUGCAGGAAAAGUUUUAUGCUAAAUCAGGCAUAUUUGGAAGAUGGAAUACUAAGACAAAGGAAGACUACUUGACUAGGCUGAAGAAAGCUGGUUUCAAUGAGUCCACCUUCAAUAAUCACAUCACAAUGGACAUUAGUAAUGUGGAUGGCAACAACUUUUACAUUAAAAAGUAUCCGAUAAAUAGUUACGGUGUAAACUCAUACAUACCGUCGCUCGGUUUAAAGCUAAAGUCCAUCACAGAAGGAAAUGUAGACAUUUGGAAGGUGGAGGAAGGAAGCACCGCAAAGUGCAUCAACGUAAAUGUGGUUUAUAGGGACGCAGUUUUUUGUGCCCUCUUCCUCCUUGUAGAAGACCCAGCUAAUGACCGUCAUGUUUUGUACUUUGUAAAGAAUGAUAAGGAAUGGAAGAAUGUUAGUAAGGAUGAGUACUAUGAUCAUAUUGCAAAGGAGAACGGUUUAGAGCCUUUAGGAAAGAUUGAGAAUCCAAAGGUUAUCAUGAGCAGUUUUAGAAACAAGGAUGAUCUAAAGAUUGUAACGUAUUCUUCAGGGGUAGAAAACUCCAAGGGAGAUGUCAUUCUCGUCCAUGGCAUUCGUUCUCAUUUUAAAUCAGAGUUUUGUGCUUCGAGUACGGAAUGGAAUUUUGAGCAUUUUGGGUUUCCAAUUUUUCCAGACAUUAGUGGGAUAUUCAUGCAAGGAAAUGCCCAAAAGACCAAUUAUACUGCCAUGUACAAGUACCUAUUUGAGCAUGCCAGACUAGAUGGAAUGGAUGCCUUUGAGGCAUCUCCAAGGUACGAGUACAGUCAGAGUUUAACGGCAUUUUUCAAUGGAUUAGGAUAUAGUGUCUAUGGUUUAGACUUGCAGUCACAUGGCCUUUCAGAGUCCUUCUCACCAACCAGGUGUCAUGCUCGAGAAUUUAUAAAUUUUGCUCUUGAUCUCCUACAAUUCAUUAGCAUUGUAAAGAGAAGUAAAUUUGAGGAUUCCUCUGAAAAGUGGAACGAGGAGGUAGUCUACGAGAACAUUCCUAUGGAUAGAAAAGUAUUUUUGCUGGGAAACUCAAUGGGAGGCAAUAUUGUCUUUCAGGCAGUUCAGGAGUUUUACAAGCAUGCAAAAGAGGAGGCAAGAUUUGUGGAUGGUCUAAUCUCUAUUGCUGGAAUGUUUAGCCUGGAUCAUCAUGCAGAUACGACGACAAAAAAGGUGGCAAAACAUUUACUUGGAGCUGUCGCACGGGCUGCACCUAAAACGGAAAAUCUGUAUGACAAACUUCUCAACUAUGGAGAGUUUUUUGAGCUCUUCACAAGGUACAGAGAUCCAUUCUUUUACGCCAAAAGACUUACAUUGGAAACAGCAAAUGCGCUUUUGAACGCUUGCAAUGAUGUAAAGAAGCCCAAGAACUUGGCAAACUAUCCAAAGGAUCUACCAACUCUAUUCUUACACACUGACAAUGAUUUCUUGUGUGAUCCAAAAGGUCCCCGAGAAAUGGUUAAUAUACAUCUAAAGGACCAUUCAGAUGUAAAAUUGGUGGAGUUUAAAGCGUCAACACACUUUUUGACUGUCCCUCAUUCUAUAGUUUUAACACAAAAGGCCUUUAAGGAGUGGUUGAGCAAACAUACUCCUUCAGCUACUAAUGCUAAUACAGUUGAUAAAACUAACAAUGUCGGUAAAAUGAAGUAA